GAGUUUAAGGAAACUAGCCCAGGAGAAACAGUUGGGGUUUAAGAAAACUAGCCCAUGACGCUCGUAUUUUGCAGUGUUAGUUUUGCUCGUAUUCCGUUUUGGCCCAGAACACUCGUAUUCUGAACUGAAAGAGUUAGUUUUGCACUUAGGCUGAUAACAAUGUUGCUACUCAUCCUUGCCACACUAGUUACUGCUCCUGUGACCACUCAGGCUGCACCUGAAGAUGAAAUAACUAAUUUGAAAAGCAGACUUAGCCAGGUGGAAAAUGAACUUGGAGUAAUCAAACAGCUGCAGGUAUCCAUUCAGAACUUCCAGGCACUGGGGACUUCCCGAUCGAAUGCAAAUAAUAACAAGCAGCAGCUGUCCGGCAGUACAUGCCCCUCAGAUGUACAGCAUGUCUACUUUUUUGCCUGCUACACCAAGACCGUGGUUGGAGCCAUGGAUCCUAUUCGCUACGACAAUGUAUUUGUGAAUGUUGGAGACAGCUACAAAGCAGCCACAGGGAUCUUCACUUGCCCUACUUCUGGAGUUUACCAGUUUUUCUUUGGCAUAAAUUUUGGAAGAGGUUCGAUGACCAAUGUCUGGCUAGUGCAAGAUGGGAAGAGAAUUAUUAUAAAUCACUCUGACUUGCCAGGUCUUACUUCACUGAACCAGCAGGUGCUCUUACUGAAAGCGAAGAAAGGAAGUCAGAUUUGGGUAAUCCAGGAAAAAGGAAAUUCAUGGUCUGCACCUGAAUAUCCUGCUAUUACAUUUGGUGGUGUACUCCUACACGCAACAGAUGAUAUUUAAAAAAUAUAUUUGUGUAGCAUUCCCUUCUCAGGUUUUGUCACAAUGCCACUAGCUGUCAUAUUAAAUGAUGUAGAUGGAGGCAGUUGUGAUCCCUCUAUUGAGACACAAUGGCCUACUACUCUGAUUUCCAAGUAAUAGCUUAUCCAGUUAUGUAAGGAUUAUAUUCAUUAUUAUUGUCUAUUUCACACCACAAGGAGCAGAGUUGUUUGCAAACAUCAUUACAAACAAGUGGAAAAAUGUGUGCCGUGCUUUUCAGUUCUCAAGUUGUAUCUUCUGAAGCUUCACUUCACUAGAACAUAUUUGUUUUCAUAAUAUAGCCAUUAAACCAGAGCACUCAGAUUCUGAUAUCGAAUUAUGUUUUUGCAAUAAAGGACUUUACUUGUACUGAAAGUUGAUCUACCUGUAGAAUCUUCAGUAUGCAAACACAUUUCUGCAAUUGCGUACCUGCUGGUCUAAUGUUACAUCCAAUUCAUACAACAACAGUGGGCUUUCUGUCUGCAAUAAGUCUCAAAAUAAUGUCUUUUCACAUCAUUUUUGACAAUAAAAAAUGUCUUUAAUUCUGCAUAUUGGGCCAACUUUUAUGAGGUUGAUGUGUAAGCAAUCAAAUAAAAUACAUGGAUACAUAAUUAUUGUGAUGAUAAAGGCCAAGGAAUAAUGCAUAUCUGAAAUGUAUCUGUUCAAAACCCAGUAAUAUACUGUGGUUUCUUAAUGCUACUAAAUUGAUAUAAAGACUGUACCAGUCAAUAAAAAGUGCAUUCUCUAA